GUAAUAUCUUAGACGUCACAGCCUGCCGUUGGUCGCGACCAGUUCGGUUCAGAUCAGAUGAGCCGUUGGUUUUCUCUGGAGUUAAAAUAAACUAAAUUCGGAUGUGGAGGCAGUUUUAACCCAUGAUAUCCCACCUCACAGUCUGAACCGGGACACUUUUUCAUUUUUAUUAACCCCGAGACAACUGCUGUAACUAGCAGAAACAGCCGGGGCGGAGGGAGGGAGAGCCACUGUUAACGUAACAUCCGUGACGUCGGUCCGCCCGGGCUGCUGCUCCGCUGGGUUUACCACCACGCUGUUUGUUAGAGGGGUCGGUGUUUACUGAGUGAUCGAUUGAUCCGAUCGUUGCCUAAUCGAUCGAUAAGUGUGUGAUGAUGGAGAGGAAGAGGACGGACUGUCCCGCGCUGCCGCCCGGCUGGAAGAAAGAAGAAGUGAUCAGGAAGUCCGGACUGAGUGCUGGGAAGAGCGAUGUCUACUACUACAGUCCUUCAGGGAAGAAGUUCAGGAGUAAGCCUCAGUUGUCCCGUUACCUUGGUAACACAGUGGAUCUGGGAUGUUUUGACUUCCGGACGGGGAAGAUGAUGCCUGGAAAACUGCAGAAGAACAAACAGAGGCUUCGACACGACCCGCUCAGCCUGGCCAAGGGAGGAAAACCAGACCUGAACACAGCUCUGCCAAUCAGGCAAACAGCGUCCAUCUUCAAACAGCCCGUUACCAAGGUUACGAGCCAUCCUGGCAACAAGGUGAAGACAGACCUGCAGAGAGCAACCGAGCAGCCCAGACAGCUGUUUUGGGAGAAGAGGUUGAAAGGUCUCCGGUCAUCAGACGUCACAGAGGAAGUCCUGAGGACCAUGGACCUGCCUAAAGGACUGCAGAGUGUUGGUCCAGACUCCAGCGAUGACACUCUCCUGUCAGCCAUUGCCAGCGCUCUACACAUGAGCUCUUCUCCAAUCACAGGACAGACGUCUGUGGCUGCUGAGAAGAACCCGGCCAUCUGGCUGAACACGUCCCAGCCACUCUGCAAGGCGUUCACCGUCACUGAUGAACACAUCCGGGAGCAGGAGCUGAAAGUGUACCAGGCUAGGAGGAGCCUGGAGGAGGCACUGAUGGCCGAUGGUUUGGCGCGGGCCGCCGAAAACACCCGAGAGCUGUUGGAGGGGAAGACGGCCUGAAGAAAGACAGGUGAGGCAGAGUUCCUCUGCUCACCAGCCUCAGGUUUAUCAUCAUCUUCAUUUUAAUCCAGACAACAAACAGAAAACAAACCACCCACAGACUUAAAUAUCACCUGCACUGAUCCAUUAUCUUAGUGGGUGAUUGUUACAACCUUCCCAUUAAGGAAAUCUUUUUCAGGAUGACAUCACACUGGACAUCUGUAUGCUUCUGGAGACAACAACAGCAACCACAGCAAUAAUGACAUCAGCAAUGAUAAAAACACCAGCAACAACUAUAUAUGACAGCAAACAACUGCAGGAGCAACAGAAGUUGCAACUUUGGAACAAGAGGAGCAACGGAAGCAAUAAGUGGAGUAUCAACCAGCUCAAAGCAACAACCGAAGCCUUUAAUCAUCUCUGUGACUUAUAAUCUGUGCAAACUUUACAUCAAGCGCUUAACUUGUCUCAGUUUUCAAAUUCAGGUAUAAGCUCUCUUUCUUUUUAUAUAACGCUGAUAAAAAAUAACAAAAAAAUACUUAAGCAAUACCCUCAUAAAACCCAAAGUCAGGUUGCAAACUGCUGGACGGCUUUUGCUAACUUUAACUGCUAAAUUACAAUGUGCUCUUCAAUGAGUUUGGUUGUUUGUGGUGUCAGAUUGUCGUCAGUUUUAAAGAAGUCUUCAGGGGUUUUAAUUAAAUAAUUAAAAAAUUACAUGAAUAUGAAAUAGAACAACUGCUUAUUUAAGAAAAUUUUAUACCUUAAGAGAACAUACGUGUACAUUUCUUGGACUGGAGUAAAUAAAUGAUUAUAUUCACAAUCA